UAACAUCAUCUAUACGUAAAAAUGCUAAUCCAUCUAUCAAUCCACGUAGAGGGUUUAAACACAUUGGUAGAAUAACGUCGGCAGAAAGAGGCACUCUUGUGACAUUAGCCUUUGAAGUUUCAGCAUUAGGUAAUAGUAUACCACCAUAUUUCAUAUUUCGAAGAGUGUACUCUUUCAAAGAUCACUUCUUAGCUAAAAGACCGUUAGGUUGUGCAAGUAGUGCUAAUCCUUCGAGCUGGAUGAAAGAAACUCACUUCAUUGAUUAUUUAAAGCAUUUUGUCAGGUAUGUUAGGUGUUCAAAAACCAAACCUUUUAUUUUGUUAUUGUACAAUCACGACUCCCAUUUAUCUAUUGAAGGCCUAAAGUACUCUAAAGAAAAUGGAAUUACAAUUAUAUCAUUCCCCCCUCAUUGUUCUCACAAAUUACAGCCCUUGGAUAGAAGUGUGUAUGGACCGCUGAAAAAAUAUAUCAGUUCGGCUUUUGACUCAUGUAUGGUGAACAACCCGGGUAAAACCAUGACGAUUUAUGAAAUUCCUGAAAUGGUGAAACAGGCAUUGCCAUUAGCAGCUACACCAAAUAAUAUUACUGCUGGUUUUACAGUCAGUGGUAGAUAUCCUUUUAAUCCUAAUAUAUUUACAGACAUAGAUUGUAUGCCAAGUUAA